AUGCCUCUCCUCCUGUUGCUGCUUCUGCUGCCGCGCCCCUCACACCCCCAGCUGCUCUGUGAGGUCUCCAAGGUGACCAGGCUGCUGGAAGUGAACUGUGAGAACAGGGGGCAGAAGGUGCUGCCUCCAGAUCUGCCCAGAGACACGGCCAUCCUUCACCUGGGCGAGAACCCCCUGGGCACCUUCUCCACAGCAUCCGUGGCGUCCCUGACCCAGCUCGCACAGCUGUACCUGCGUCAAAGCCAGCUGACCAACCUGCACACGGACGGGGUGCUGCCACGGCUGGAGACCCUGGACGUCUCCCACAAUAAGCUGAAGAGCCUGCCUUUGCUAGGACAGGCACUGCCAGCCCUCACCACCCUGGACGCCUCCUACAACGAGCUGACCGCGCUGUCUCCUGGUGCUCUGAACGGCCUGAGCCGGCUCCAUGAGCUCUACCUGCGCGGCAACAAGCUCAGGACUCUGCCCCCGGGGCUCCUGAGGCCCGUGGCCCAGCUGAGGAAGCUCAAUCUGGCUGACAACAAGUUGAACGAGCUGCCCCCGGGGCUCCUGGAUGGCUUGGGGGAGCUCGACACCCUCUACCUCCAAGGGAACUGGCUGCGCACCAUCCCAAAGGGCUUCUUCGGGGACCUCCUCCUCCCUUUCGCCUUUCUCCACAACAACCCCUGGGCCUGUGACUGCGAGAUCCUCUAUUUCGCUCGCUGGCUGCAGGACAACUCCAACAAUGUCUACUUAUGGAAGGAGGGUGUCGACGUCAAGGCCAUGACUCCCAACGUGGGGAGCGUGCGAUGCGUCAACCCAUACAACACACCCGUCUACACCUACCCAGGGAAGGGCUGCUCCAUUCUCGGGGAUUGGGUUGACCUAGGUUAUGAUGACUAUGAAGAAGAAGAGGUGGGAAAGGUACCUGCCACCAGGGCUGUGGUCAGCUUCACCAACACCAGAGCCCACACAACCCACCGGGCCCCCCUCCACUUGGCAUCCACUGCUUCUCCAGACCGCCAGAUGUCCCAUCUGUCUUACACCCUGGAGUCCACGAAGAAACAGAGCAGAUUCCCAACUGCCCCAGAGCCCAAGCCCACCACAACCCUAAUCCUGUCUGAACUGACCACAUCUGAGAUCCCAGAAUCAACCUCACUCUCUACUAUUUUGGAAUACCCAACAACCAUCUCCUUUGUCUACCUCCCAAAGGCCCACGAGGUGGUUCAAGGGAAUUUGGAGAGCUCCAGAAAUGACCCUUUGCUCAACCCUGACUUCUGCUGUCUCCUCCCCCUGGGCUUCUAUGUUUUGGGUCUCCUCUGGCUUCUGUUUGCCUCUGUGGUCCUCAUCCUGCUGCUGGCUUGGGCCCAGCCCGCAGGGCCACAGGCCCUGGCCACAGCCACGCACACCACACAUCUGGAGCUGCAGAGGGGAAAGCAAGUGACCAUGCCCCGGGCCUGGCUGCUUUUCCUUCAAGGCUCACUCCCCACUUUCCGCUCCAGCCUCUUCCUGUGGGUACGGGCUGAUGGCCAUGUGGGGCCCCUCCGGGCAGGACGGCGGCCCUCUGCCCUGAGUCUGGGCCGGGGUCAGGACCUGCUGGGAACAGUGGGCGUUAGGUACACUGGCCACAGCCUCUGA